AUGAGCGGGAGGCUCCUCUCCGCGCGUUUGGCUCCCUUGGCUCGCCGCGCUCAACUAUUCGCUCCGCCGCGGAGGUUUACCCACGGCCUGUCCUCCAACGCGGGGGGUCUUUUGCGCUCAGAAUCCGGACUCCGCACAUCCCGCCUGCGAACAUGGCCUCCUGGCGCCUAUUCGUUGCACAACGUCCCCGCCGUCCGCACGAUAUCCUUUGUCCGCAUCCUCCCUAAGCUUUUCCAGAAAUUUGCGACCUUGGGUGCUGUCGGAGGGGCUACAAUCGUCGGAGGACUCGUAUACCUGCAAAAUCAGGCUAUAAAGGGUGUCGAUUGGGCCAGCAACAUUUUGAAUAACGGAAAAGACUUGGCCACGGGCACCGCGGGCACCCUAUUCGAAGGCGCAAACGGCAUCUAUCAACAGACGAGGGAUGGCUGGAAUAAGACCAAGGCGGAUUUGGAACUGCCGGAAUGGCUGCAGAACCUGUUGAAGGCAGAUGAAACGUCUGGUGGUGGUGAGCAGGAAGGCCCUUCUGGCCCCGAAGGCUCUCCGAAGCAGAGCGGCUCAGGCGCAGCGGCUGCGGGCGGUGCCUCCGCCGCCGCUUUCGGCUACGAGCAAUCGGGAGAUGAUGACCGGUCGGAUGAGAAGAUUGCCCGGGACGAACAGAUGAUGAUGCUUACGAAGAAGAUGAUUGAGAUCAGAGGCCUUCUGCAGACAGUCGGCCAGUCCGAUCAGUUGACUCUUCCCUCGAUAGUGGUCAUUGGAUCGCAGUCUUCGGGCAAAAGCUCAGUCCUGGAAGCAAUUGUCGGUCAUGAAUUCCUUCCUAAAGGAUCCAACAUGGUCACCCGGAGGCCCAUCGAGCUGACACUGGUCAAUACUCCGGAAGCCAAGGCUGAAUAUGGAGAGUUCCCAGCUCUGGGUCUUGGGAAGAUUACGGAUUUCUCCCAAAUCCAGAAAACCCUGACGGACCUCAACCUGGCCGUGCCGGCUGAGCAGUGUGUCACAGACGAUCCUAUCCAGCUUCGCAUCUACUCUCCGAAUGUCCCUGAUCUCUCUCUUAUCGAUCUUCCUGGAUACAUUCAAGUGGCUGGUCGGGACCAACCCAUUGAACUCAAGGAGAAGAUUGCCGAGCUCUGUAACAAGUACAUCCAGCCCCCCAAUGUCAUCUUAGCUAUCUCUGCGGCCGAUGUCGAUCUGGCCAAUUCUACCGCCCUGCGUGCAUCCCGGAAGGUCGAUCCUCGGGGUGAGCGGACCAUCGGUGUCAUUACGAAGAUGGAUCUCGUCGACGCCGCUAGAGGCGCUGAUCUGCUUACUGACAGAAAGUAUGCCCUUCGGUUGGGCUACGUUGGCGUGGUAUGCCGCGUCCCUCAAACCACUGGAGGUCUCUUCACCCGGGGCAAUGGCAACAUCCAAAAGGCCAUCACACGCAACGAGAAUGCGUACUUUUCGUCUCAUCCUUUAGAGUUUGGGCCAGAAACUGAUGUCGAUGUUGGCACGAAUAACUUGCGAAAGAAGCUUAUGUAUGUUCUCGAGAACACCAUGGCUUCAAGCUUGAAGACGACGAGCGAAGCGAUCCAGCGCGAACUGGCUGAGGCUACUUAUGAGUUCAAGGUGCAAUACAACGACCGUCCUCUCAGCGCCGAGUCUUACCUCGCAGAGAGCCUUGAUGCCUUCAAGCACUCGUUUAAGGACUUCUCUGAGCACUUCGGCCGCCCUCAGGUUCGCGAGAUGCUCAAGCAUGAGUUGGACCAGCAAGUUCUUACUCUCCUUGCCCAAAGGUACUGGAAUCGGCCAUUCGACGACCUGCAACCUCCACUUCCGGAAACGGAUCCUCUGAUUGAGCUACCGAAAGCUGAUCCUGAUAACCCACUUUGGCACUUGAAACUUGAUGCCUCAAGCUCAUCCCUGACGAAGCUUGGUAUUGGGCGGCUAGCCACGACAGUCGUUGCAAGCUCUUUACAGGCUCACGUCGACCACUUGAUUGCUAACUCCACUUUUGCCGCGCACCCGUUUGCCCGUCAGGCCAUCACCGAGGCCUCGACUUCCAUCUUACGGGAGCUUUCUUACGACAUUAGCGAUGAGCUGGAGAUCUGCAUCAAGCCGUACAAGUACCGGAUCGAAGUUGAGGACCACGAGUGGACAAAGGGCAGGGAGAGCGUGACUGCCGUGCUCAAGGAAGAGCUGCUCAUGUGUGAGAACGCUGUGAAACAGGUGGAGAACGAAGUAGGAGGUCGUAAGAAGCUCAAGGAUGUCAUGGGUUUUAUUGACCGUGUGAGGAAUGGUCAAGUUGUCAUUGAGGGCAGUGGCAUCGGUGGCGCAGGAGGAUUCAGCGCAGCUUUGCUUGAGAAAGGACGUGAGGGUGUUUUCCUCCGGGACCGUGUCGAUGUCCUCAAGAUGCGCCUCAUGGCGAUCAAGUCCAAACAGUGUGCGAACAAAAAGAACAAGUACUACUGCCCGGAGGUCUUCCUGGACGCAGUCGCGGACAAGCUGACUACGACGGCCGAUCUUUUCCUCGAUGCCGAGCUGCUGUCCAAGUUCUACUACGUCUUCCCCCGCGAGCUAGAGGCUCGCCUUGGUCGUAACCUGUCUCAGGCCGAAAUCGAGCGUUUUGCGCGCGAGGACCCUAAGAUCCGCCGCCACCUGGAUGUGGUACGGAGGAAGGAUCUGCUUGAGCACGUGCUGAAGGAGAUGGAGUCCUUGCGGCAGCUUGAGGCUAGAGAGAAGCGUGGUAUUACGCGCCCGUCGGAACGGGGGUUCAGGGAAAGGGAUGGUCAGAGGGGACGCGGAUGGGGUCUGUUCUAG